AACGGAAACAUUAUCGCUAGGAAAGUAAAUUUAAUGUUAAAGCUACAAAGUUAUUGUGUAUGAAGAAUACACUAAAAUUCUACUGACCAUUCUAUUGAUCCAUCAUGGUCUUAAAGGAAAGGUUCUCUUUUCUUUUCUAAAAAAAAAUAAACAAUUAAUUUCUCUUUCUAAGACAAUUAAGUUUAAUUAUUGUGCGAUUUUGUUAUUCUCAUAUUUGUCUAUAUCAAAUAUAAUAGUUUUCCUUAGAAACGUAUAAUGAAAUAGGCUCUUAUAACGUGGAAUCACAGCAAGUAUAGCUCGUUUAUGGAAGAACUAAAUAAUUAUCUAGCGUGGAACUUCAGUGCUUGGCCGCGUGGUGCAGCAUCUGUAGUGUAGAAUUAGAACAAUGGGCGUGAGCUCUCUCAUUUCCUCUCUGGAAAAUGCAGCAUUAUGUGAUCAAGUUGCACAAAUGCAAGAAAAUCUUAUGCUUGUGAAAGAAGAGAGACUGUUUCUUUUACGUAAAUUAUGUCAACAACAAGGAGAUAUAGAUCCCUCUACUAUGAUAGCUCGAUCUCAAUCAAACAGUAUUAAUCCUAGUUCGUUUAAUCCAGAAUGCUCUACUCCUAAAAAAACUGCAAAGAAAAGAGCUUCGACUGAUGGCUCAGAAACAAAAAAUAAGGCUAAACGUUACAAUAAAACUGCGAGGAAAGUUGUCCAAUUAAUACCAUUGGAUGUCCAUGGGAGACCUAUAUUUCCUAUUUCUUUAGGUGAUCUUACUGUCUACUCCCUUGGAGAAGUAGUAUCGGACAGAAUAGCUUAUCAUACAGAGGAUCUCAUUUAUCCAGUAGGUUACUGCAGUACUAGGGUAUAUGCUAAUUUAAGGGAUGUAAGAACAAAAAGUUUAUAUACAUGUAAGAUAUUAGAUGGUGGACCAAAACCAAGAUUUGAAAUUGUAUCUGAUAAUGAUCUAGAUCAGCCUCUGGUUGGCUCUACUCCUGAUGAGUGUCAUUCCAAAUUAUUAAUGGCAAUUUCUCUUGCACUUCGUACAAUAGCACCAAAAGGUGCUGAUUUUUUUGGAAUUUCACAUCCUACUAUACAAAAUCUUAUACAAAGCACACCUGGAACUCGUAAAUUGGCUAUGUAUAAACAACAACGUUUCGAAGUAAGCAAGAAUCAACCAAUGGAAAGAGGAACAAGUCCAGUAAUGGAAGAAGAAACAGAUCCAGGACUUGGAUUUGCUGCUUUACAUAGGCAUUAUGCUUUAGCAAAUUCGUACAGAAUUAAAGAAGAACCAUCUGAUAGUGAUCUUUUAGCUCUUCAAGAGCUUCUUUCGUGACUUUUAUAUUGUUAAUAAAAAGAAUUUUUAAUUUUCAGAAAAAAUAUUAUUUUGCUUUAUGUAUUGGUAUUGAACAUCAAUUUUUAAAU